GGGUCUCCAGCUCUGCCUGUGUCACAUGGAAGCACAGUAGCUGAGCCGAGGGGAUGCGAGCGUAGAGAUGGAGGGGGCUUGAGGGACCGUGGAGGAGAAACCUGGCACUCGGAGAUAAUAUUGGAGACGCGGCUGCAGUAGCGGCAGCGGAGGAAAGCGCACAGGCAGGUUAAGCACUUCCCAGCCUCCCCUCCUGGCUGGGGAGCGCGGACGGGGCGCACGAGGAGGUCAGCGGGCGCUGAGAGGAUGCCACAUGCAAUAUGCUGCAUUCCUGUUUUGUGAAGCCCAGGAAGCCCAAGUUAUCUGUUUUGAUUGAUUAUGCUCGCGGGGUGCGCCUGGUCCGAGGGGAAGCAGAAACUGAAGGAAGCGACCAGGGCUGAUGCUGCGCCUCCACAAAUCUCUGAGCUGAAUCCCUGUGAGACCGUGGCACUUCCCUGCGUGCAUGAGUGUAAGGGUGUGAGUGUGUGUGUGUGAGAGAGCAAGUGAGCGUCAGCGCUCCCACAUGGCCUCCAUGCAGGACGGGCUGAACUUCACGGCUCCUCCCUACAGCAAGGUCCUGCUGCUGGGCGCUAUCGCUGCUUCCUCAGCCUUUGUCGUUACGAUCCUCAUUGUGGUGCUCUGUGUGGGCUGCCAGAGGAAGGGGAAGACACACAAUGUCCCUGGCGAGGGUGGAAAACAUCGUCUCAUGGACAUGGGUAUACUCAAGCAGUCAAAGCUGCGCUCCAUCAGUAAAUCAGACACUGAGAUGAACAAGAUGAACUGCAAUGGCAAAAGCAGGCAGCUUCCCCAGAUCCCCUCUGGGACUGGAGAGGAAGGCGAGCACACUUACUCUGAAGUGGGCCAACGUUCCACUACCACACGUACUGAUGAUGCCCUCUACGCCAUGGUAGGCAGGGCCGGGCAGACGGACACUCCAGCCCCUCCAGCUGUCCCUGCCAACACGCCGGCGCCCCCAGACCCAGAUGGAGAUGUGGAAGGAGGGUUGCCUGAACCUGAGGCUCAGGUCAUGUCUCCCCCUCACCCUCCGGAGACGGCGGAGUACGCCUGCGUCAGGAAGCUGAGGAAGGCUGACAAGGCACCUCAGAAGAGGGACAGUGGGACAGAUAUGGUGGAACCGCCAGCACCACCUCCACGACAUGCUCCGCCUUCACAUCCAGCUCCUCCUCCACCACACCCCCACAGCACAAAGUUGCCCCGCAGAAACGUUGAGGCCUUUAACGUCCCGUCAUUCCCAAAGGAAGUGAUGUUCAUGGGCAAUGGAGAGCAGUAUAUCUGGAAGCCUCCAGAGGAUGACGAUAUGCUCUUGCUCCAAAAUAAAGCUCUGGGCCCUCUGGGUGCUCACACGGUGGAGAAUAUGCAACCGUCUGCUGCUGCGGUGGCUGAGAUGUACUCCAAAGUGUGCAAACCUGGGAAGAAGAAGAGAGCUGUGCCAGGGUCUCCCCCUGCCAACCUUGGCUUCCGGACCUUAGGCCGAGGUGACCGAGACGGGGGGUUUAGUGUAGUGGUCAAACCCCAGACGUGGGCCCCUCAGGAGGGCAAAUUAGUCGGAGGACCCCUCGACGACCACUGCUACGAGUCCAUCGGGACAGAGGAGUGUGAUCCGGCCUAUGAGAACGUGGAGGGUGGUGGCGGCUGGAAGCGAGAGCGACCCCCCAACACAUGUGCCACUUUGCGACCGAGGAGGAAGAAAGCCCAGCAGCCCUUGCAGCAGCAGCAUCCCCCUCCACCGCCACCGACGCAGCAGACCCCCAAGUUACAACACCUGCCUGCCAAAGCCCUGCUGUUGCCGGGGGAGAACCUGUACGAGAGCAUUGGCGACCUAAAGCAGGGCUCCACCACCUCCAGCACCACCACCAUCUUCACUUUCAACGAUGGUAUGGAGAUGUACGUAACAGGGCUCUGAGGUGGCAGCUGCACUGUGACCCCCCCCUCCUUCCAACAUAAGGAGCUGAGCUUACACCACAUGGAGUAACGGCUUGGCCCCUGUCAUGCUCACCCACACAUACUGUUUACAUUCAAGUCAUAACAUUAAGCCUUUCACAGGCUCCAGAGGCCUUGGGGUAGUAAUGUUGAUCUGUUAUGACCUGGGCUAAAUACAAAGUCCAAUCUGUAAACCUUAUAAGAAAUCCAAAGGUAGUGAAUAAUAAAUGAGCACAAGACCAUUGCAGAGCAAUCUGUAGGUAAAAGUAGCACUUCUGUUUCACUUAUACAUAUGUGCAAAGCACAAUUAAGUUAAAAGCCUAAAUUCUUCCUUGAUUCUAGCGGGUAAAAAUAGUCAUAUAUCUGGUCCAAGCAGGACCUCUAAUUGGGGAAAAGGCACAGCAUUGUGUAAAAUAUAUUUUGGUAGCACUUAGUCUGUUGAGAACAGGCUUUCCCUGUGUUUGACAAGAUUCAGGAUGGAAUUUUAAAAGGAACAAAGGAAUUAAUUAUUAAUCAAUAUACUUGAAAGCUCAGGGACCAGGAGAAACAAUUAUGAGAGUAUUAUAACAAAAUAAUUGCACAUUUUGCAUUCUUCCUAAAAGCUUCGACUGAUUUCAGCCAUUUUCACAUGACAAAGCCGAUCAGACACUUCCCUCCACCAUGUUUGCUUUCACCAUGACAUGGACUGAACACUGUCUCCACUGCCGUCUGUAAAUGAAGUGUUUACUUUGUUGAUCCUGUUUCUGCACUUUGCCUGCUACAAGUUGCAUGCUUAAAAAAAGGAAAAACAAAAAAAAAAAAAAAAACAAAAAAAAAAAAAAAAAUCAAGCACUGUCACGUGGUACCUCUAUAUGAAUGUUUUUAUUUUAAUAUCGUCGUUGGUUGUUUAUUUAUUUAUUUAUUUAUUUUAGUGUGUUGCUUUAUAUCUCUGUUGAGCUCAAAGCCAGUUAGAUAAAGGAUGUCUUUGGCUCGGUGGGACUCCGUGCAGCUGAGAGGAGGACUCCUUUUCUCUCCUGCAAAUGCAACACACAGAGUACAGAUGAAACAAAGAGAGAACUGCUCGAGUCCUAAAGGUGGAGACAGUCCACUCAACCCCUACCCCUCCUAGCACCUCGUCCACUCAGUCCUCACUCAUGCCUCUGGAUUGUUCAUCUACAUAGUCCCCCUGCCUUGUGGUCAUGCAAAUCUGCUCGGGUUUCAUCAUAGUGCAGAGUGGAAGGCUUACAGUAGAACUGAUGUGUGUUAGCAAACAUCAUGUCUCAUUAUCACUCCAUCGACGAACACUUUCUCUGUUAUCAGUGGUUAAAAAUAUUGCAGAAAUGACAAAAAUGUGAAGCAAGUGGUUGCAGAGCAUCGCCCAGAGGAUAACGCAUACAAAUUCCAUCCAAAUCCCGGACAAUAAUGACUUCACUCGACCAAAUAUCCCCAGCAAACAAUGUGAUUAUACUGUAUGUUGAUGCAAUGUGUAUGUACAUGACAAAAGAGAAAGAAUAAUAAAUAUAUCAUCAGUGUCAAGAAAUCUAUCUUUUUCUAUUAUGUUCAAUUGUGUUUUGGAAUGACAUCUAUUGUGACAAAAACUGCAAAACAGCUGCAAUGUAAAUUUCAGUGUAUUCUGUUUGUUGUUUUAUCGAAGCCAUGAAGCUACGGUGUGUUCUUGGAAAACCCUGCUAAGUUAAAUGUGGCAGCUAAUGUUGUGUGUUUGCUAUUCAGACUACAGGGUCUUGUACUCAAAAGCGUGUAAUUAAGUGCUAAAGUGCAAAAGAUUGUAAUGUUUUAUAUCAAGAUUACUAUUCAUGAAAUGUCAGUCAAGUUUAUACUUUUGUAAUAAAGUGGCACUUUAAAAGAAA